UCCUCCUUCCUGCUCCUUCACACACGCUAGGGCAGGGAGCCCUUCUCCUCACGGCUGCGCGCAGGAGCUCCUCCCAUGGCCGUCGACGCCCUACUCUCCUCCAUGGCCGGCGCUCGAGCUCCACUCCUCACCAUGGCGCCCUCCUCCCUGGCGCUCGCUCCCUGCAGGCGAGCAGCCGGCGCACCUUUUCUUCCUCCCUGGUCUCCACAGCAAAGCAGCAAGGAGCUCUGCUCCUCCUCUUCCAUGGACGUCGCCCUCUCUCCCAUGGCGUGACGCCGUGCUCCUCCAACCAGUGCCUCCAUCUCCCACCCGACCUCCUCCCUCUCUGCGAUCCCCAUGGCCGUCCGGCCCUGCACAGCGAUCCCUUUCCCUGGCUCCAGCACGCAGAGCAGUUUUUCCGGGUCCGAACUCGAGCAGUGGCCCACCGUCGCCCAUGGACGACCUCCAUGGAGGCCGCGCCCCUCUCCCUUCUUCUCCCCUGCUCGUUAUCCCUUACGCAGCAGCAGCCGGGUCUUCGUCUGUCCGCGGCAUGCAGUAAGCAGGGUGCCCCUUCUUCCUCCCGCUUCACGCCAACAAGCUCCUGCCAUGGCCGGAUCUACCCCCUCCAUGGACGCCCAGAAAUUCCAGCAGCGAGCCCCCUUCCUCGCUGUUCGUCGUGGUGCCCGCCGGCUGUUCGACAAAAUGUGCAGCAAGCCGCGCGCUGCAGCAGCCCUCCCGUUCGAUCUCCACUCCCCUCGUCGCGUGUCAUCGCUCUCGUGCUCGCUGCGCAGCCCCAUCCGCGACGCCGUCGAAACUCGUGCUAGUGGUCGACGCCGCGCUUCGCGCCUUGGCCGUUCGACGAAAUGCCGAGCCAUGUGGACAGCCCACACGCCUAGUCACGACUCGUUCAGGAUCGCGUUUGCGAUUGGAGAACAAGAGGUUAAUUGA